AUGCAUUCCAAGCUGGUCUCUCUCCUCGCCUCUGCGGCACUCGCCUCUGCGAGCCCAGCCAUCCACGCUAGAGCAGUCAUAUCCCUUGAUCAAGCUGCCGUGGCUGAGGCCCAUCCACGUGACGCCGAUGCUACCAGGGCCUCGUCUAAUAUCAACAUCAAGACCUCCGACGGCAGAUGUCUCUCGGUCGACAAGCUCUCAGGUGACUUCCGGGCCAACUUGACCCCCAUCCAAGUCACCCAAUGUGGAGCAGCCGAGGGACAAGAAUGGGACAUCAUCACUGCUGGGAAGCACAUCAGCACUCCUCAGUCCAUGCUCGUCGUGAGCACUACCACCGGCGCCUGUUUCAACUUCGACCCUCGCCGGGCUGCGGGUGACCAGGUCAUUCUCUUUUCUUGUGGCGGCAGAGCUGAUGGGAGUGGAAAGGAGACCAACUCUCAGAUCUUUCCCUUCAGCCAGCCAGAUGGCCCUCAGUCGUUUCAGCCGCAGAAUGCCCCGGGGAAGUGUCUGGCCGUCAACAACAAUGUCCUGGACGUUUCUGAUUGCAGUCCCGGAGACGCCGCACAAGAAUUUCUCUUCAGCACACCAACCCCAUCUGCUUCCCCCACCACCCCGGGAACGGGCAAUCAAACAACCACCAAGAUUGAUUCCGCCGCGGUGGAGGAGGCCCAGCAGCGCGACGACUCAGCCGUGCGGGCCGUAAGCAGCACCAAGAUACGCACUUCCGGAGGCCAAUGUCUCUCGGUGGAUCCUCUUUCGGGCGAUUUCAGGAUGAACCUCAUCCCUGUGGUCUUCGCAGACUGCGCCAACUCCACCGAAUGGGACUUGAUCACUUCGGGCAAGCACAACGACGGCAGUGGCGGGGAAGCCACCCUGCUCGUGAGCACGGCCACUCAGGGUUGCAUCUCUUUCGACGCCCGAAGGGAACGUGAAGACCAGGUCAACCUGUUCUCCUGCGGCGGGAGAGCUGACGGCUCGGGCAAGACGAACCCGGGCCAGCUGUUCCCCUUCGCCGGGGGAAACAGCCUCGCGAUUGCACCGGUCAGCGAAGGCAACAAGACAUGCCUCAUUGUUGGGCAAUCAAGACUGGUAGCUGGACCUUGCGAAGACUCGGCGGCUCUGUUUACUUUGGACUCGUGA